AUGGAGAUUGAUCCAGCUCCACCUGUCCAGCCUAUAGUAAUGCCUCCAUUUCCCAUCGCUGAGAAUGAAUCGGUCUGGAAGCCUGACAUUAUCAAGGACGACAAGAAGAAUUCGCUGGAAUCGCGGAAACGAAAAACAGAUGUGCUGGAUGCAAUGUCUAAGGAGCGCUAUCUGUUAAUGAAGAACCGGACAGCACGACCUGGCGGAUUUCCUAUACCAAAAGAGGGAACUCAUUCAAAAACACGUCUGGCUAGUGUGCAAGCGUUCAUUGAAGAACGCUUUUUUAUGCACUUUGGACCGACUAUGGAUAGUUCAAUGAGGAAAUGGAGCGAGGAGGAGGAAGAAGAACAGCAGUUUCUCAUCGACAAUUCUCUCUUCAUAGUUAAAGUCAUUUUGAGAAUGAACAAUUUGAACCCCGACAAUUAUAAAUCCCAAAUCGAAAACUUCCAUGCAAUGGCGAAAAGUAAAAUACUUUUCCAACAGACGGAACUCAGGGAUAAGGAGCUGGAUAGCAUGAAAAGUCGACUAGAUAUGGCACGGCGGCAGUGA